GCGAAAUGCGACUUCCUGGUUUCCGUUGGGCUCAACAUGGCGGCCAGCAGGGGCCGGGUUCGGUUCCAGAGGCAGAUGAAGCGGUACCACGAACACUGCUGCGUCCCGCAGUGCUCCGCCUCCUCCAAGUACAACGGCCUGCUGAGUUUCCACGGGUUUCCACGAGACCCCGCCCUCAGGCGGCGGUGGCUGCAGAACAUCCGGCGGGAGGAGAUGAAGCUGACCCAACACAGCAAGGUGUGCAGCCUCCACUUCAGCCCGGACCAGCUGCUGCGGCCCAGAGCCGCCGGCGGCAGGCGGGCGGUGAGCAGAGGAGCCGUCCCGGUGCUGUUUCCCUGGAGCCCUCCACGGAACCGGGCUGUCGGAACCGGACAGGAGGCCGGACCCGCCCGGAGGACCCAACCUCCCGGAUCACGAUUACUGCUCUGUCCCGGAACCAGCAGACCGGAACCUGGCUGUGCAUGAAAACCAGAAACUAACUGAAGAAAUAAAGAAACAAGCGGAAGAACCGGAAGCCCCAUCCAGGUUCGGGCUGCAGAGGUUCACAGGAUCCGAUGACGAUAUCCGGUUCUACACCAGGUGAGAUGAGCAUCUUUAGUUCCUCACUGCAACUUCAGCCCAACAUGCAGUGACGUGACGCUGGUUAUGAUGCUGCAUAAUGUUCGCCACUUAUCGUCUCUUCCUGAUGUUCUGGAGGAUCAUUGAACCGUCGGUCCAUCGGAUCCGAACAUCAGGAACCAGAAGCAGCGAAGCAGCAGCAG